AAGGCCUCCUCGUCUUCAUUGAAUCAAUUUUUUCCCCUGCCGCUAACAGAGGGAGUUCAGACACUAACUGCGUUUGUUCGGUUACAGGUGUUACCGCGGACCAGACCCAGCGGUUCCCGCUCAGUGCGACCUUCUCCAUCGCAGUGCAGGCCCCGAGCAGGGGGUCAGGCAGGCAGCGUUUGAGUGUGGAGUGUGUGCAGAGGAGGGGUCCCUGCUGCGAUUCUCCGAAGACACCCGAGAUUGCAUCAAUCCGGAGCCACAUGAGUGCAAUGCACUUGAAAACCGAGAGCAUCGACUUGCCGACGGAGAGUGCGGACUGCGACUUCGGUUCCGGACUGCAGCCGUCGCCGUGCGUGCCUGACGAGGAGGAAAGCAUCCCUGACCCGAAGGUCGCUGCAGGCCCAGGCCAUGGCGGUCCGUGCCCGCCGCUGCACGGAGUGUUCGACCAGCAUGACGAGGAGGGAAGCAUGCCGGACUCCAAGGUCGCUGCAGGCGUCGGCGCGGAGCAGGCCCAGCAGCUGCUCGUCGGCGAGGCCUUCUCCCUCGCAGUGCCGGCUGGCGACGCGGUCCAGGACGAGCAGGCCUCGAGCAAGGAGACGGGCAGGAAGGCGCGCCGCGGAUUCAACUGUGGGGAGUGCGGCCAGCGUUUCCGGACUGAGAGCGGAUUGCGGGACCACCUUGCGAGUCACACUGAGGGCGGACCUCACUCGUGCGGGGUGUGUGGCAGGGAGUUCCCCUGGAAGAGCUAUCUUGUAAGGCACUCGAGGACCCACACCGGGGAGAAGCCUUUCAAGUGUGACGUCUGCGGGAAGGCAUUUUCAGACUCAUCUCAUUUAGUGUCACACAAGAGGAUCCACACUGGGGAGAAGCCUUUCAAGUGUGGCGAGUGCGGGAGGGCAUUUUCUAAUUCAUCUGAUUUAGUGAGACACAAUAGGACCCACACUGGAGAGAAGCCUUUUAAGUGUGGAGAGUGCGGAAUGGCAUUUUCAGCGUCAGGUCAUUUAUUGACACACAAAAGGACCCACACUGGGGAAAAGCCUUACAAGUGCGACGUGUGCGGGAAGCAGUUUGGUCAAUCAUACUGUUUAGUGGUCCACAGAAGGAUCCACACUGGGGAAAAGCCUUACAAGUGCGACGUGUGCGGGAAGGCAUUUUAUGAUUCAUCCGUUUGUGCGCGACACAAGAGGAUUCAUGCCACGAAGAAGCCGUAGGAAUGUUGUUUUUGGUGUCUGUUGGAAGACGAUUUUUGGGCAUAAAACGCGAAAUCACACGAGGGGACCCACGACGAGAGGACGCACACAGGUGUUUUGAAAAUGGGCCCUCCUUACUAUCAAGCUUUGAAUUUUGCUUCAGUUUCUCUGAGUUGCGCUUUUGUUCUCGUCUAUGUCGACCAUGUUUUCCUUUGAUUAUGUCCCCGCCUUUCAAUGUAAAGUUCCCGUGUAACGUUAGCGCCAGUAUUGCAUUCUUUAUGAAUUCGAGUUUAUUUUUUUGCCGUGCUAAGCUGUCACACGGAAGAUUAUUUUUGUUUUAUUUCUUAUCUCAUGGAAGUGAGCCACUUGUUUCUCUCCGUUGACAUUUUUGCCAGUUAGUGUUGUUGUUGUGAGAAGUGUAAAGUGACAGUGUAGUUUAUUUGAAACAGCGGGAAGACCGAUAGCAAUUCUCCCCUUUCUUUGUAACACGUUGUAUGUAACGCCAAAUUAUUUUUUCUUUCAACCAGAACGUCUUUUUAAGAUCGAACUGACUAUAGAAAACAAGCUGUUACUUGGCGAGUUAUAGAAGACCUUUCCACUAUCGAAAUGAUUGUACGAAAUAAAAUCCAACUGUUGGCACCAUUAA